AUCCGCUAGAACGGGCCACAGACAGCCCUAAAUUACGAGCCGUCCACCUAGCUAAGCGCAGUUAAUGUCAACUAACAGUAGAUGUCAGCGCGGUUAUAUUAGCCUCCCAGGCGGUCCAGGCAUGUAUAGGUACAUACGCACACGUCCUGUAGGUAUGCGUAUCUCUGUGCAUACGCCCUCCCCCCCCCCAAUGUAUACCUAUAGUUGCCCCCACCGCUGCUUGUCAUCUGGUCGGUCUUCUCCAGUUUCGCCCCCUGCCAGCUUCUUCCAGGCUGUUCCCGAACCUCUUAAUCAUCAGCGUUGUCAUUCCUGAGGAUUACGACUUCGCUCGUUGCCUACUACUCUCUUACUGGCGUUGUUCUCUUGCCUUUUCUUCCCUGUUUCCUUUAUAUGGUCCGGUCGACGAUACCGACCCGGAAAAUAUGGCGGCCGAAUCUCAAGACACGAGUUACGUCGAAAUGGAUAAGGGAGGCGAUGCCACCCUCAUCGGCAAGCACUGCCAGCUCGAAUACUGUAACCAACUCGAUUUCCUCCCCUUCUUCUGCCAGAGCUGCAAGAAGACUUUCUGCCUCGACCACCGAUCCGAGACCGCCCACAAAUGCGCCAACGCGGGCGCCUGGGCCGAACGGCGACGACAGGCCCAGCUGGCCAAGUCGUCCGCCGGCGAGGGGAAGCGCAUGCGCGAAUUCGUAUCGCAAAAACCGUGCGCUGCUGACAGCUGCAAGACAACGAUCGGUACCUCGCUAGUGCCCGGCGUUCACUGCUCGGGCUGCAAUCGCGACUACUGCCUCAAGCAUCGGCUGAAGGAGGAGCACGACUGCAAGAACAAGAUCCCGAUCGGGGCGCGCCCGGCGCAGUUCGAUGUCGCCGAGCAGACCAGAUCCGCGUUCGCGAGGCUCAAGGCCUGGGGCGCUGCCAAGAAGCAGAGUGCGGGCCGCGUCCUGCCAAAGCCGAAGCCCUCGUCUGCGGCGGCGCGUCUUGUCGCCGUCAACAACCUAAAAAAGGUGGCCAAGGGCGACGCGAAGCUGCCGCCGGAGAAGCGGGUCUACCUAUACGUGGAGGCGGAGGUGGAAACCACGACGGCAAAGAGCUACAAGGGCGAAUUCUACUACUCCAAGGACUGGGUCGUCGGUAGGGUACUAGACGCCGCGGCUAGGAGUUUGCAGGUCGAGAACGUCAACAACCAAUCCCCCGACGAGCGAGACAAGCUUCGGGUGUUUCACGUCGAAGGCGGGCGGGUCCUCGAAUUCAACGAGAAGGUCGGCUCGUCGCUGGUGAGCGGCAACACGAUCGUCUUGCUUCGAGGCGUAGGACCGCCGCCUGAUUUGAUCGAGUUGUGAAACAGAGUUCACGAGUCACAAUGGGACUGCAUCUAAACUGGCGUUUUAUAGGCAUGGUGUUUAACGGCGGAGAUACCUUAGUGGAUGAAUAGAAUCGACGAAGUUUCAAGCAUGUUCUCACCACCCGAAAUGGGCAUAUUUUCUGGACGUCACGUACACUCUCCGCACCCGAGGUUGCUUUUUUUGCCCCAGUUCGCAGGUAUUUCACAGUAACAUCAAGAAAAUGCAGCAACGGUGGGGAGUAGGGACGGGUUUCUCGACUGCGGGAUGCUGAUUCUAUCUCGUUUCCUAUCUGACCGUCCAUGCUUUAUAAUUCCUUCUCUUUGGUGGUGUUCGUUCUUGGCCUCUGAUGCAAGGCCGCUUCACGCCCCGUCGUCGGCGCAUCGCCAACAUAGCCGUGGCCGCCAUACGUCGAGAAGCCCCUGUGGAACGCCCAUUCGACGGCAUUCUCAACCGGCUUGUCAAACAGCGCCGGCAAGAACGGGACGACACCAAGGCCAAGUCCUAUAGGGCCCCAAACUCGGAGGGUCUUAUUCUUCAUAUCUUUCAUGGCUCGGCCCGAGUAUUUGACGACGCUGUGGAUUGUGAAUGCGGGAAGUCCCAUCGACGCAACAGUCUGAAAGAUGGCACGCUGCACCAUCACGGUCCUGUAGUCCUCCAAGGGCGAGACGGUGCCGGGCUUCGCGUCCGGGGAUGCCGGGGUCGACAACCCGGCGGC